UGACACUGCACACAUUUCAACUGCUGGAUCCUAAGGGGCCUCACUAGUGCGCACAGUGUGAUUGUGAUCAGGCGCGCUCGGGGCAGUCCUGCAGAGUGAUGAGCUGGUUAAUGUUUACUCUGAGGCCGAGCGCGGUUACUAAACUAACCCGCUGUUAUCUGUCUGCUGACGCUGGCGCGGGGAAAAUGGCCACAGACUGGCUGUCCUCCGCUGAGCGAGAACAGUUCCUCAUGGAGCUGAGGGCCACCGGAUGGAUGGAGGUUAAGGACCGCGAUGCUCUCUACAAGGAGCUGAACUUCAAAACCUUCAACCAGGCGUUCGGCUUCAUGUGUCGAGUGGCUCUGCAAGCAGAGAAGAUGAACCAUCAUCCAGAGUGGUUCAAUGUUUAUAACAAGGUCCAGAUCACUUUAUCGACACAUGACUGUGGAGGACUGUCAAAGAAGGACAUUCGACUGGCCAAGUUCAUUGAUAAGGUGGCUCUGUCCCUGUAGAGGCUCGUCCUUAUUGAACGUACAUUAAUUUUACACAUUCAAAUCUUUUGUAUUUUCUCAAAAAGAGAAAUGGUUCAUUUGUUAAUUCACACGUGUGUUUCAAAUUUUUAUUUUAUUUUAUUUGGAUCUACAUGAUUCUGGUAAAUGCAUAUCAAACAGAUGUUGGAAAACUGUUAGUAGAUACAUUUCAUAUUCAUUAAAUAUCUGAUACAAUAUUCCCUCUUUACUUCUGUAUCGAUGGACACUUGUUCACUAUGCUGCCCUUCAGACUAAACGUGUACACUCCCUGUGCUUUAAGAUGAGCUCUUAAGUCCCCUUCACAGGGCGCUGUUGGACAAUAGGAAGUAGAAGUGAUGACCAAAUGAGGCCUCGUGAACUACUGAAGUCUUUCAGGAAAAGAUUAAAAUGGUCGAGUGCGUUGAACAAUAUAAUAAACAAUAUUAGCAGCCAAAAGCCUGUGAAAGACGCUCUGUAGGAUGAAGCAUCCACCACACAUUCCACAGAUCGAUUCAAGUUACGUGCACAAAUAAAAGCCUAACAGUUUGUUCUGGUAUAUUAAUUCACCCAUUAAACUGUCAAUUUUAAUAUCAGUACGAAUAUCAAUAUGAUGAAAUAGAAGAAUAAUGUACACAUAUGAAUUGCACGUGAAAAAUAUAAAAUUUUCCUGAAAUAAUUUGGAUUCUUCAUAAUACUUGUAUGACUGGACAUCUAAAAUGUAACCGAAUAAGUCUGAAUUAAAACUUACUCGUAAAGAAGAUCUGGAUCGAAUAUUCUGACACACAAAGUGAGUCUCGCACGUGACUGGACAGAAAGUGUAGCUUCUGUUUGUCAUUGGUCACGUGAUUUCUAGGUAAACAACACAAGCUUAAAAUUGAAGCUUCAUCUGGCACGCCCCUUUCUUCUCAACACUAGCUCGAAUGUCACAUCACUAGGAAUUAGCUGACCGCUCUCUACAUAGGCAGUUACUAAACGUUAAUGAGUUGAUGUGCUCUAGGAAGGCAGACACACAAAUAAGCUCCCAGUUCAUACUCUUACAAAAGUUUGUACGUUAGUAUAUUGCUAAGCUAAAUAAAACAAAAACAGACAACACAUGCAUUUUUUUUAUUAGAGCUGUUGUAAUCAACACACUGCAAAAUAAAAUUCAUUU